AUGAGUUAUCAGCAGCAUCCGGACAUGUAUCACGAUCCCGCCGCGCGUUCCCCUGGCUCUCAGCGGCACCAACAACCUUUACAUCGACAGAGUUCACGACAGUUUGACGCCUACGGUCCCAUGCCUGUCAACCUCUACGAGGAUCAGAUGGCUCGCUACGAGACCUCCCGGCUUGAACGGUUGAACCCGUCCCUUCAACAGAACAAUUCUUCCUAUGCCUACGACCUGUCCGGCUCGCAGACAUGGAACCCGAAUGGUUUUGCCAACGCUCAGUCCCUGGGAGGUAUCCGGUCGGCUUCUGCUAGUCUGAAGCCGAAUGCUCGUGGUCGAACUGCUCUGCCGACGACUUGGCUGGAUCAGCAACCAGGAGUUCCCGGUGCCUUUUCUAACCUGGGCUCGGGCCCUGUUCAAAGCACCGCGAUGCGCCCGGAGGCAUCCGCCUCCUCCGAAGGCGAUGACGAACUCAUCCCAACCGCCAUCGUCAUCAAGAACAUCCCGUUUGCCGUCAAGAAGGAGCAGCUCGUUCAGUUGAUGACCGAACUGAACCUGCCCUUGCCUUACGCCUUCAACUACCACUUCGAUAAUGGGGUCUUCCGUGGUCUUGCCUUCGCCAACUUCACCUCCGCGGAGGAGACGGCUACCGUCAUCGACAUGCUGAACCACUUCGAGCUGCAAGGUCGCAAAUUGCGGGUGGAGUACAAGAAGAUGCUUCCCCUACAGGAGCGUGAACGGAUUGAGCGGGAGAAGCGAGAGCGUCGCGGUCAGCUGGAAGAGCAGCACCGCCCCAUGGGAAAUACUCUCCAAACACAGAGCUCCAUGUCCUCUCUGACCUCGCACAUUCCUGCUACUUCCCCCUCGCCAGUUUCUCAACGCGGCCAGAAGCUCGGUAAGUCGAACAACAUGACGCCCCUUGGUUAUCGUGGAACCACCCCGGUCCCUGAUCGUGAAGACCAAGUUGAGGUGGAUUUGAACGACAGCCAAACGCUCUCUUAUUACUCGGAACUUCUGCUGUUCAAGCAGGAUAAUGCUCGGGAUUCGCGACGCACGGUUCACACUCUGGCGCACAACAUGGGCCUGGCCCAUGCCUCCCGCGGCAGUGGGGAUCAGCGUCAGGUCCAGGUCUUCAAGGUUGCUCCUGGCACCAACCUGAGCCCGCCCCUGUCCUCGAUCCCCCCUGCCGGUCAGCCCGAUAACUCUCGUCGGGGCCUGAACCGGGCAGCUACCAUUGACUUUAGCGAGGCUCGUAACGAAGGUGGUAAUGGUGGUGGUGGUGGUGGAGGUGGUCCCGGCGGUUUCAACACUCUUCGUGGUGGCCAGAGCUCCAACUUUCUGGGUGUGAUGGAUUCGCCCGGUAACUUCGCCAACACGCAAAACCUGCGCGCCGCCAAGUCCUUCGCCGACCUGCGAUCCUAUACCCCAUCCCCGGUCCCUUCCUCUGCCAGCUUCCCGGCCGCUCUGCAGUCCAACGGAACUCGCAUGCAGUACGAGGGAGCCCCGACCGCGAGCUCCAACACCCCCACCCUCAACUCCGCCCAAUCCGGUUCCUCACUCGGUAUCCAGCGGGAUGAUAAUCUUUUGGUCAACAGUCUUGGUGGUUUAUCACUUGGUACAGGCAUUGGUGGCCCAAAUGCGAGCCCUCGGCGAUUGCGCGGUAUGUUCUCUUGGGAGGGGGACAGCCAGCCCUCGGCCGCAGGUGCCAUUGGUAGCAACCGCGGAAUGGGAGUUGGUUUUGACAAUGCCCAGCAAGAGCGCAUGCCGGUUCGCCAACCUCGUGGCCCGACCCCCGAGAAGGGCACCGGUUUCCGCCGCCAAAACGGACACCAGACUCGCGGCAGUGACGAACUCCGAGCCAACUCCGGUGUCGAAAUCAUCGUGGAGUAG